AUGCAUCGUAGACACACUACACUGCGUGAGAAAGGGCGUCGGCAGGCUAUUCGAGGCCCCGCUUACAUGUUUAAUGAGCGCGGAACGAGUCUUACUGCAGAGGAGGAGCGUUUCCUUGAUUCGGCCGAAUACGGCAACAUCCCCGUCGUACGCAAGAUGCUGGAAGAGUCCAAAACCCUCAACUUCAACUGCGUUGACUACAUGGGCCAAAAUGCAUUGCAGCUUGCCGUAGGUAAUGAGCAUCUGGAAGUGACUGAGCUUCUCCUGAAGAAAGAAGGACUAGCACGCGUGGGAGACGCGCUCCUGUUGGCUAUUAGCAAAGGUUAUGUACGCAUCGUUGAAGCCAUAUUGGGUCAUCCCGCAUUCAAGGGCGGACUCAGACUGACUCUCAGUCCACUUGAGCAGGAGCUUCGAGAUGACGACUUCUACGCUUACGAUGAGGACGGGACGCGUUUUUCCCACGACGUGACACCUCUGAUUUUGGCAGCGCACUGUCAAGAGUAUGAGAUCGUCCACAUCCUCCUGAUGAAGGGCGCACGCAUUGAGCGACCUCAUGACUACUUCUGCAAGUGCAGUGAGUGUGUGGAGAAGCAGAGACGAGAUUCAUUCAGUCACUCCAGAUCCAGAAUGAAUGCCUAUAAGGGACUUGCUAGUGCUGCAUAUUUGUCACUGUCCAGUGAGGAUCCGGUGCUCACAGCAUUAGAACUCAGCAAUGAACUUGCACGACUGGCCAACAUUGAGACAGAGUUUAAGAAUGAGUACAGGAAGUUGUCGAUGCAAUGUAAAGAUUUUGUAGUAGGAGUGCUAGACUUAUGUCGGGACACUGAGGAGGUGGAGGCCAUCUUGAAUGGAGAUGUGGACCAGGCUCCGCCCACGGAUCACCAUCGUCCCUGCCUCAGCCGCGUGAAACUCGCCAUCAAAUACGAGGUCAAAAAGUUUGUAGCCCACCCUAACUGCCAGCAGCAGUUAUUGACUAUAUGGUAUGAGAAUCUGUCGGGCUUAAGGCAGCAGUCUAUAGGAGUCAAGUGCUGGACUGUACUGGGAGUGACUCUCGGUCUGCCCUUCCUCGCAAUUGCAUACUGGAUCAUGCCCUGCAGUAAGCUGGGUCAAAUCCUGCGCAGUCCCUUUAUGAAGUUUGUAGCCCACGCUGUCUCCUUCACCAUCUUCCUGGCUCUGUUGGUUCUGAAUGCGUCAGACCGCUUUGAGGGUGUGAAGAACCUGCCUAAUGAGACCAUAACGGACCACCCACGUCAGGUGUUCCGAGUCAAGACCACCCAAUUCACCUGGACUGAGCUGCUCAUCAUGAAAUGGGUCCUGGGUAUGAUUUGGUCAGAGUGUAAGGAGAUCUGGGCUGAUGGGCCUCGGGAAUACAUCAUGCACCUGUGGAACGUUCUGGACUUCGGAAUGCUGUCCAUCUUUGUAGCAUCUUUUACAGCACGGCUCAUGGCUUUUCUCAAGGCAUCAAAAGCCCAGCUGUACGUGGAUAUGCACGUCCCCAACAGUGACAUCAGCAAUGCAUCGCUUCCGGCUGAUGUUGCAUAUUUCACCUACGCCAGGAAUAAGUGGCGUCCAUCUGAUCCUCAGAUCAUAUCUGAAGGUCUCUAUGCCAUAGCUGUGGUGCUGAGUUUUUCUCGGAUCGCCUACAUCCUGCCAGCCAAUGAGAGCUUUGGGCCGCUGCAAAUAUCUCUGGGCAGAACUGUCAAAGAUAUCUUUAAGUUCAUGGUCAUUUUCAUCAUGGUUUUUGUCGCUUUUAUGAUUGGCAUGUUCAACCUCUACUCCUACUAUCUUGGAGCCAAGUACAACCCUGCCUUUACCACGGUGGAAGAGAGUUUUAAGACUCUGUUCUGGUCUAUAUUCGGCCUUUCAGAGGUGAUCUCAGUGGUGCUGAAAUAUGAUCAUAAGUUUAUUGAGAAUAUUGGAUAUGUCCUCUAUGGUGUCUAUAAUGUCACCAUGGUAGUGGUGCUACUCAACAUGCUAAUUGCCAUGAUCAACAGUUCCUACCAGGAGAUUGAGGAAGAUGCAGACGUUGAGUGGAAGUUUGCCCGUGCUAAGCUGUGGUUGUCAUAUUUUGAUGAGGGUCGCACCCUUCCUGCACCCUUUAACCUUGUGCCUAGUCCUAAAUCCUUUUACUACUUAGCACAACGCACAAAAGCCUGCCUCAUUCGCCUCUGCAAGGCCAAAGGGCACCGUCAUGACAAUGAGCUGGAGAUGGGCAUGCUAAACCUACGGCCAAAGCUGGAUCGAUACCGAGCCCAUCCACACUCAAGGGAGGAGCACAGUGUGAGGAAACCCAUUAAGCACCCGACGCGCUACCAGAAAAUUAUGAAGAGGUUGAUAAAGCGCUAUGUUUUGAAGGCUCAGGUGGACAGAGAGAAUGAUGAAGUUAAUGAAGGUGAACUGAAGGAGAUUAAACAGGAUAUCUCUAGUCUACGUUACGAGCUUUUGGAAGAGAAAUCUCAGACUACAGGGGAGCUGGCAGACCUGAUCCAACAACUCAGCAACACGUUCAGCAAAAACACCAAAAAACAACCAUGA